AUGCGGUUCAACCCUAAUGCGACCGUCUGGGUUGCCAAGCAGCGGAUCCUGUGCACACUGAAUCAGAGCCUGAAGGACGUCCUCAACUAUGGACUUUUCCAGCCCGCCAGCAACGGCAGGGACGGCAAGUUCCUGGACGAAGAACGCAUCCUCCGAGAGUACCCCCAACCAAUCAGCAAGGGGGUCCCGUCUCUGGAGUUCCGCUAUAAGAGCCGAGUGUACCGACAACCCAAUGUGGACGAGAAACAGAUCGCCAAACUUCACACAAAGGCCAAUCUGAGGAAGUUUAUGGACCUCAUCCAGCACAAUCAGGUGGACAAAGUGUCAAAGAUGUUGGAACGAGGCUUCGAUCCAAACUACCAGGACAGUGACACUGGAGAGAGCCCGCUGACGUUUGCAGCUCACCUGGACAACGUGGUGGAGAUGAUCAAAGUUCUGAGGAACGGAGGAGCUCACCUGGACUUCAGAGCCAAAGACGGCAUGACGGCGCUGCACAAAGCUGCACGCUCCAAGAACCAGGUCACUCUGAUGACUCUGCUGGAGCUGGGCGCUUCUCCAGACUACAAGGACAGCCGCGGCCUGACUCCCCUGUAUCACUGCGUGGUGGUGGGGGGAGACCCCGGCUGCUGCGAGCUCCUCCUCAACCACCACGCCUUCGUCUGCUGCCAGGACGAGAACGGCUGGCACGAGGUUCACCAGGCUUGCCGUCACGGCCAUGUGCAGCACCUGGAGCAUCUGCUGUUCUACGGAGCAGACAUGAGCGCCCAGAACGCCUCGGGAAACACCGCUCUUCACAUCUGUGCCCUCUACAACCAGGAUAACUGUGCCCGAGUGCUGCUUGUACGAGGAGCCGACAAGGAAGUGAAGAACUACAACAGCCAGAGUCCUUUUCAGGUGGCCAUUAUAGCCGGGAACUUUGAGCUCGCCGAACUCAUCAAGAACCACAAGGAGAAAGAUAUAGUGCCUUUCCGCGAGGCUCCAGCCUACUCCAAACGCCGCCGGGGUCCGUCUACUGGCAGCGGAACCGACCAGUCCCCGUCCUCGCUCUCGGCACCGCGGGUCCUCCUGCGCUCCAACAGCGACAACAACCUAACGGUCAGUCAGUACCAGCAGCAGCACGGCUCGCCUGGCAACUGGGGCCCCCACCUGCAGCAGCAGCAGCACCAACACGCCCAGCCCCAGCCGCACCGGGCCCCCCAGCAGGGUCACUCGCAGCCUGGCUCGGCAGCAUUACACCGCAGCCUGUCACCCCAGCUGCUCCAGCAGAUGCCCAGCGGCAGCCCCAAUGGCAACGUGGUGGUACGGACCAUGGGGAGGGGGGCGAGGAGCCGGUCUCCCUCCCUCAGCCGGCUGGGGGAGGAGACAAGACGGGCUAUACCUUCACAGCGCCAGCCCAGCCCCAGCAGUCAUGACAAAGCCGCGGGCCCCCGGAGGAAGCUGUACAGCGCCGUUCCUGGGAGACAUUUUGUGGUGGUUCGUUCGUACACCGCACAGGCCGAGGGGGAGAUCAACCUGUACAAGAGCGACAGGGUCAAAGUUCUGAGCAUCGGGGAGGGGGGUUUCUGGGAGGGCAGCGCCCGCGGCCAGGUGGGCUGGUUUCCAGCCGACUGCGUGGAGGAGAUCCCGGCAAAGGCCACCGAGGAGAGGAGCUAUUCCCGAGCAGACCGCGCUGACAGACGGAAGCUGUUCAGACAUUACACUGUGGGAUCCUACGACAGCUUCGAUGCCUCCAGUGACUGCGUGGUGGACGAGAAGACCGUGGUGCUCCAGAAGAAGGAGAAUGAGGGCUUUGGAUUCGUGCUGCGGGGGGCCAAAGCGGAUACGCCCAUCGAGGAGUUCACUCCCACGCCCGCCUUCCCCGCGCUGCAGUACCUGGAGUCGGUGGACGAGGGAGGGGUGGCAUGGCAGGCGGGUCUCAGGACGGGGGACUUCCUCAUCGAGGUGAACCAGGAGAAUGUGGUGAAGGUGGGACACAGACAGGUGGUCAACAUGAUCCGCCAGGGGGGAAACCGGCUCCUCAUCAAGGUGGUGACGGUGAGCCGGAAUCUGGACCCCGACGACACAGCCCGCAAAAAAGCUCCUCCCCCGCCAAAGAGAGCCCCCACCACGGCCCUGUCCAUGCGCUCCAAGUCCAUGACGUCCGAACUGGAGGAACUAGUGGAUAAAGCCACUCUAAGGAAAAAGAAAGGUGAUAAAGUUGAAGAGAUGACGCACGCCCAGAAGGCCUCGCCUGUUGAUAUGAAGAUCGCCACAAUCAAACCACGCCCGUCCAGUCGCUGUUUGGUGACGCCAACGGAUAUGAAUUCCAUGUAUCACGACCGCCAGGGAGUCGCAGUGGUGCCACCCACCGUGCCCGGGGCCUUUCUGGGGAUACCCGAGAAGGGUACGAUGAAGAAGCAGAAGUCCAUAGGUUCAUCAGAGGAUGACAAACAGGGAUAUCUCACACCGCCCCUUCUCAAGUUCUCCCGCAGCCUCUCUAUGCCCGACACCUCAGAGGACAUCCCCCCUCCCCCUGCCAUUUCACCCCCUUCACCACCCGGCUACAACUCCGGCCCUGCAACAAAGAACUACGGCACAACACGACCGAGCUUUACCCAGAACUCCCCCAAUGCAGUGACGACCAUUCGCAGGGAUGUUGGUACGUUGAGACGUGGAUAUUACCGGCAGAGCUCAGAGCAGUUUGAGAGUACUCGUAUAAGAGGGCGCGCGCCCGUUCCUGAGAACCCUUACUCCGAGGUAGGCAAUAAGACUCUGUAUAUUCCAGCAAAACCAGCUCGAAGGAAGGGCAUGUUAGUAAAGCAGUCCAAUGUUGAGGACAGUCCUGAGAAACACGUGCAAGCAAGCCCAUCAGGCCCAGUUUCCAUGCCCACUACGCCUGUAGAACGAACAUGCUCCUCCAUCCCCAUCCCCACCAUCAUCGUCAAGGAGCCCUCCACCAGCAGCAGCGGCAAGAGCAGCCAGGGUAGCAGUAUGGAGAUCGAGCCCACUACCCCUGAACACCCACCUCUCACACCUAAUCUGGGUGGAGGUUUGCGUCCUGACGACCCUUUAUCUUUGAACAAUCCAUUUGCGGCAGCUAUUGCCGGAGCGGUCCGGGAUCGCGAGAAGAGGCUAGAGGCAAAAAAGCACUCCAUCGCCUUCCAGUCUAUAGAUAUAGGGGACGAUGAAUUCAGCAGUCCCACACCCACCCCUCGCCUUCGGCAGUCAAAGUCAAUCGAUGAAGGCAUGUUCAGUAGCGACGAGCGGCUUCGAAGAAUAUUGGCUCCCCCUCCUGCUGCACUGCUAGGACGUCCUGUAGGGGGCGGAAGUGGAAACAUGACUGAUUUCAACACUCCUGAGCCCACAGUGGUACGAGAGCCUCUGAACACCAGAACAGGCCAGUGUCAAAACCUGGACAGUCCUGUUAGUCUCCCAUCCACUCCUCCUAAGAGCCACUACAGGGCGAACGGGACCUACCUCCACCCUGUUACAGGCAAGCCCUUGGACCCUAACUCUCCGCUGGCUUUGGCCCUGGCAGCUCGUGACCGUGCCAUGAAGGAGCAACAGAAUCAUCCUCAGAAUCAGACUCAAAAUCCUCCUCAGGUUCAGCAAACACCCAAGCAUGAAGCUCAGUCCCUCCCCAUUCAGUCAAGUCACAAACCAGACCUCAACCAACCGCUCUUCAUUGACACCAAACUACGCUCUGGGAUUGAGACAAGUUUUGCUGCAAUCUCAUCGGCAACCAUGGGCCGACCCGGCCGAGGGGGCCUGCGGAGACAGAUGACGGAGCAGAAGUAUGAAACAGAUGGUGCACGGGAAGAACGGAAGCAUCAGGCGGUUGAGGAGAGGAAAAGUGCGCCAGCUGAUGUGGGAGACACAUCACAGCCCAAGACGGCGGGGCUGUUGAUGGUUCACACUGACGCAAAUAACAAGGUGAACAACCAGGAGGUGGAGGGGCAGGACAGCAACAGGCCGUCUGAGCUGAAGGACCCCAACCAACCAGAUCCUCUCAAAGCAACACUCUCCAAUCCACAGCCACCCUCAUCGCGGAGGAGGAGCAUUCCUUUGGGUGAGUCAAUGGAUGAACCAGUGAAGCUGCCCUUCAGAAUUCCCCCUCCCCCCCUGGCUUCUGUUGACAUUGAUGAGGAGUUUGAAUUCUCAGAGCCCCUUCCGCCUCCGCUGGAGUUUGCCAACAGUAUUGACAUACCUGACGACCAGGCCAGUGCCAUUGCAGAGAUGCUUCACCAUCAGAGACGGAACGGGGGACCUCCUCUUCCUCCUUACCACCCUCAUGCCCCCCCACCCGUCACUGAUCAACACAAACGGGUUUCAAACAACAUGCCCCCAUCAUACCCUCCUCCACCACCCGAUGCAGAAUCAGGGGUGGGUGACUCGGGAAUCGAAGAGGUCGACAGCCGCAGUAGUGGCGACCCUCAACACAUGGAGACCACCAGCACUGUUUCCAGCCUCUCCACGCUGUCGUCAGAGGGAGGUUUCUGUGACAGCGCUCUGGAGAGCCUCUAUGCCACCGCAGACGGGCACAACUUCCUGGUAGAUCGGCCCCCUGUGCCACCCAAACCCAAGGGAAAGUCGGUCAUUAACAGAACAUCGCUUUACCAUGACGCUCUAAUAGAGGAGCCUCCUGAGUCCUACGGGACGCCGCCUCAGGCUCCUCCCCCUCCCCCUUCAUCCUCUGAACCUCCUAGGACUCCUACUCAAAGGACAUCCAAGCUGUGGGGCGAUCAGCCCCCGGAGCUGCGCAGCCCGCCAUCCACACCGGACUCCAAGAACACCGUCAUCACCGAGCUAAGCUCCAUUCUGCAGCAAAUGAAUCGCGACAGGCCGGCCAAGCCAGGAGACAGCCUCGACUCCCCGACAGGGACCAGGGGGGGCUUCGGAACAAGGCCUCCGACAGAAGACUCAGGAAUGCGUAACAACGCGGCCUCUGCCCUCACCUCCACCCCUCCCAGCAGCCUCCCAUCACAGACACACCCCUGCAGCCCGCCAGACUCCGCCUCCUCCCUCACGCCCUGCUCCUCACUGCCACCCUCUGUGUCGCCCACCCUCACCGACGUCUUCGGCCUGCCCACCCCGCCCAUGGGCAGCGGCGGCGGCUACAGCCUGAGCUCCUCGUGCGGCGGCAGCGGGAGCUCGCGCUCCCCGUCGCCGCUCACGCUGAUGCAGGCGGUGGCGGCCUCGGGGAAGCCCUUCGCCUCCAAACCCAUGGAGCUUUGGAACAAGCACGACGUGGCCGACUGGCUGGAGAGCCUGAAUCUGGGGGAGCACAAAGACGCCUUCCUGGACAAUGAAAUCGAGGGCGCACACCUGCCAUCCCUGCAGAAAGAGGACCUGAUCGACCUGGGCGUGACGAGGGUCGGCCACCGCAUGAACAUCGAGAGGGCCCUCAAGCUGCUGCAGGACAGAUAAGCCCCGAGGAGGCGGGCGGAGUCAGGGCCGAGGAGAGGGAGGUGUUACCGAUCACUUUUACUCUUCAUCAGACAUUAUCUCAAGUCGUGGAUCUGGGUAGAAGUUUUGUCCAAGCUGAUGCUGCCUCUUGCUGUUUUUGUCCUCUCUCAUCCUCCGUCGCCCUCAUCCAGUGCACCGGUGUUAUCCACCCUCUUCCUCCUCUCCCCCCCCCGCCCUGAGCACCAGGGGAUCAUGGGAUGUCGGGCGGGACAGUUGGGGAAAAAGAGAAUAGCUGCUAUGUCACAUCAAGGAGAGUGUAAGCAGAGGAGGCCAGCACAAAGGACUGAAACUAAAACUCUGGAAUAGUUUGAACUCAAACUCUGAAAGAAACACUCAUCUGGAAGUUUCUCUUAGAGACUCGUGCUCACCCAACCGCUUUGGAAUACUAAAGACUUUGUCCGUGCACCCCGGUGUGGGUGCAUGAAAACCAGCUGAGCUGGUUGUUGCUCCUUUUCUAUCUUUGCUAGAGUUUGUUCAGAGAAUAAUAUUUCUUCACUAGAGUCCUACCGGAGUUAUAUUUCUGGGUGCAUCUAAGGUUGUAGAGAACAAUUUGCGAUAGACUUCAUUUUUCUUGCUUUUCACCUGUUUGUGUCAAAAUAAGAACAUUAGAUGACAUGUUUAAAGGAAUAUGAAACAAUAUCUCAUGACGUGCACACGCACACACACACACACACACACACACACACACACACACACACACACACACACACACGGUAUGCACAGAGAAUAAACGAGAACACACACUGUCUGCACACACACACACACACACACCCGAGCAUGUAUACACACACGGAUACGCCGAUGGCCUUCUUCUCCAGAGAGAGAGCAAAGCAUGGAGAGAGGUGGUCACCGGAGGAGGAGGAGCUACGCUGCAGCAGACCACGCCCACUCAGUGUCCACCUCUUCACACGAGGUACGAGACGGACGCUGAGACGGUUCAACCAGCUUCUCGUCUGCAAAGGGCACACUUGGCUCUUCCCUCUACUUCAGUGUGUGUGUGUGUGUGUGUGUGUGUGUGUGUGUGUGUGUGUGUGUGUGUGUGUGUGUGUGUGU